AGCGCGAUACGGAAGUGCCCGUUCUCGUGUUUAACAUUAGUUUGUUAGUCACUGAUUUAUUUAUUUAUUUUACAGCAGAAAAACCGGUAGAGGGAGGAGGACGGGUGCGAUACUCUGCUGGCUGCGUAGCCACACAUUCUUAUAUACUUACACAAAUACACACACGGGCUGCUGCUGCGCCUGCCAGGCUCUCAAUGAGGGGGAAUGACCGAGAGUGACCUCAAAGGACACGCUAUGUUUUAGCGAGUCUUUCCAUUUUGAAACUCAGACGGCUUUUCAUUAAAAAUGAGGGCGAGCAUUUUGCUUGGCGUUUCAGCGUAAGGACGGCAUUCGCUGCUCGCGCGGCGGUCUCACAAGGCUGCCAGCGCGGCUAGUGUUAGCCAGCUAAGCUAAGGAAGCUAAAGCCUACACCGGCUGUUUCCCGCAUAUGCUAGGCUAGGCUAGCGCUGCCAUGGAUAAAGCGAAGUCAUUGGUGGACAAGAAGGGAGCGUCGGGACCUUUUCAUGUCAACAACGUACAGAGUCCGAGAGGGUUGAAUAGCCUCGUCGUGGUAGCCGCUAACGGCGGCUGCUCCACCAGCAAUACAUUCGGCUCAGGCACCGGACCAGGCAGCAGUACUUUUGAAAUGCAUCACUUGCAGCGUGGGGAGGAGAAGGACUGCAACGGGUCCCCGGCAAAGAGAAGCCGGUUGCGAAGGAGGACGGAGUCGGUGAAACGGAACAGACCUCCUUUCCCGUGGUUUGGGAUGGACAUUGGUGGCACCUUGGUUAAGCUGGUGUACUUUGAGCCAGUCGACAUUACUGCAGAAGAAGAACAAGAAGAAGUAGAAAACCUCAAAUCUAUCCGCCGCUACCUCACCUCAAACGUGGCCUAUGGUAAAACGGGUGUCCGCGACGUCCACCUGGAACUGAGGAACCUGACUAUGUGUGGACGGACAGGAAACCUGCACUUUAUCCGCUUCCCAACUCAGGCCAUGCCCCGCUUCAUCCAGAUGGGACGAGACAAGAACUUCUCCAGCCUGCACACGACGCUGUGCGCCACGGGAGGCGGUGCCUACAAGUUUGAGAACGACUUCAGAACAAUGGCUGACCUGGAGCUGCUGAAGCUGGAUGAGCUGGACUGCCUCAUCCGUGGCCUGCUGUUCAUCGAUCGGGUCGGUUUCAACGGACAUCCGGAGUGCUACUACUUCCAGAACCCUUCAGACCCCCAGAGCUGCGUGAAAAAGCCCUGCAACCUGGACAACCACUUCCCAAUGCUGCUGGUCAACAUCGGCUCUGGGGUCUCCAUACUGGCGGUCUACUCGGAGAACAACUACAAACGGGUAACCGGGACAAGUCUGGGAGGUGGAACGUUCCUCGGACUCUGCUGCCUCCUGACGGGCUGCGAGACGUUCGAGGAGGCGCUAGAAAUGGCCAGCAAGGGCGACUCCACAAACGUGGACAAGCUGGUGAAAGACAUCUACGGCGGGGACUACGAGCGCUUCGGCCUGCAGGGCUCGGCCGUCGCCUCCAGCUUCGGUCACAUGAUGUGCAAAGAGAAGCGAGACAGCAUCAGUAAGGAAGACCUGGCCAGAGCAACACUAAUCACCAUCACCAAUAACAUAGGAUCUAUAGCACGCAUGUGUGCUGUCAACGAGAAAAUUGAGCGGGUUGUGUUUGUUGGGAACUUCCUUCGGAUCAACACCGUGUCCACAAAGCUGCUAGCCUACGCCAUGGACUUCUGGUCGAAAGGGCAGCUACGAGCCCUCUUUCUGGAGCAUGAGGGUUACUUCGGAGCGGUCGGAGCGCUGAUGGAGCUGCUGAAGACGUCUGAGGACCUGUGAAGGCAGUUCGCCGGCCUCUCCCGUCGGCACCGCGCCGUC